AUGGUAUCAUUCCACAGACUGAAGGAAUGGAUCUGGAGUCAUCUGAAGAAGCCUAUAGGCUUGGCUAUAGGUAUGGCUAGUCAGUUUUUUCUUAUUCCUCUUCUAGCAUUUUCUUUUGUUAAGAUAUGUGAAAUACAUGCGCUUUACGCAACAGGAAUGAUGAUUGUAUCAUGUUGUUCCGGUGGAAGUUCGUCUAACAUGAUUACCUAUUUCUGUGAAGGAGAUGUUUCUUUAAGUGUUGCUAUGACAACGUGCUCGACAAUUAUCGCCCUUGGAAUGAUGCCUUUCAACUUGUGGAUUUAUUCACACGGAAUUGAUACAGGAGCAGUUACAAUUCCUUAUUGGAAGAUGGCAGUCUCUCUGAUAAUUAUUUUGUUGCCUCUUGCUUUUGGAAUGAUAUUGAAAGUAAAGUUACCAAAAGUGGCUCCAAUUUUUACUAAGCUAGGAAGUUACAGUGGAUAUGGUAUCAUUCUUAUCAUUCAAGUAAUGGAACUGUUUAUUUUCCCCGACAUCUUUGAUGACGCUCCUUUCACUCUGUAUAUAGCUGCAUUAGUAAUGCCAAGCGGAGGAAUAAUUCUUGGAAUCGUCUGUGGCCGGAUUUUUCGCCAAUCAUGGACUAUUUGUAGAACUAUUGGAAUUGAAGCUGGAUUCCAGAAUGUUGGAACAGCUCUCACUGUGAUUUCUCUUUCAUUUCCUUUCAAAAUACAAAGAGAGGUCAUUCUAUUCCCUGCAUUAUACGGAUUUUCUAUGAUGUGCGCUGGUUUCCUCAUGGCUAUACUCUUUCAAAUAUAUAAGCGAUUCUCCCGUCGAAAGUCUGAAAAUGUUACUGAUGGAGCAUUAAAAGAGGCCUUGCAUUUAGAAAUUACAGAAAAGACAGAAAACGACAUUGAAGACAGUAAUGCUGAAUCAAAAAUGCUCCAGGAGCUGAAGCAAACUUCGACUGUUAAGAAUUAAUGAAACAAGUGCUUUAAAGACCUUAGUUGCAAUUUCUUUAUAUCUAGUGUGUGAAGACAAAAAAAAAUUA